AUGGAUGAAAAGAAGGUACGAAUAACCGCCAUGACGUCCGUGGAAAUGUGUAUUGUUUCGCAACGGUACGUUAAAAAUUAUGAAGUAUAUCAUGGAAUCUCUACAUCAUCCUCGAAAGACGGGCUAUCAUUCACGCAACGUAAACAGAAGUUGCUCGAAGAUAUCUGUGAAGACCUAGUCCGUAACGGCUUUUCAAAGCGGACUCCUGAGCAGAUUGAUCAAAAGAUUAAAGACACACUAAAGAUGGCGAAAAAGAUAAGCGCGUUAGAGCAACAUGAAGAGACAAAGACAGGCGGUGGUCCUCCGACCGCCACUGCAGCUCCUCCUCAUGUGAAAAUAGUGAUUGAAGGCUGCGACAACAGACCGCGCCUUUCGGGUCUAGAGAAACCUUUGGAAAUUAAUGCAAACGCUACAGUGGACCUAUUUCUUUCCGCGGACGAAAACACCCCUGUUACACCGCUUACCUCGGGAUGGGGUGAAAAGCCGCUGAACAGCCCUCCACGCAAAAGAAGACGCUCCACACAGGCCUUGACAGAAGAAAAAGAACAAAUUUUGCAACUCGAGGCAGGGCGAAUUCAAAAACAAAUUCAAAACGAAUUCUACGCAGUGAAGUACUACAGCAAUCAAUGGAAAACAAGAGGCAAAAAAAUGUUCUGUUCUGCCUGCAAUGUGAAGAGAGAAGCAGUCAAAAUGACCAUGGCGGAGUUUGUGCCAUCUUUGUCCAAAGGGAAACGACCAGGGAUUCUUGUAGAGUCAGGAGCACCUUCCAAAAAGAGAGGACGGACAAAAGGGCGUAAUGGUUAUUUGCGGAAGAAGUCACACACCGCAGCAGUCCGAUCCUGCACAGAUUUGACCGAUCGAGCCUCGGGACGUCAUUUUGCAUCUCCAAAGUCGCAACUUAUGCCAGCUACCUCGAAUGGAGAUGGUUUAUCCGCAAAACGAAGAAAAGAUGGUAGUCGCGAACGAGCCAGAAGUUGGGCAUCAACUGGAUCUGCUGAUUUCUGUAGUCGAAACAAAAGAAGAAGAGACCUAAGUGUUCAUUCAAGUAACACGUCUGACGAUGGUGGCUGCGUUACACCACCCUUACGAAUCGAUGAAGAAACCGCUGCUGAAAUUGCGAAUUCACGUGAGAGCAGAAAUGCAAGCGACAGAUCGAGAGAAGCUCGACUGGAACGGGAAGCUGACUCGUGGAUUCGAUACCUCAUCAAGAAGGUGUGGUCUUAA